CGGGACCUGGCUGAGCGGGUGAUCGACGCCUCACAGAACGAGCAGGAGCUCAACAAGCUGCUCAAUGAAGCCUUGCUGGAGCGCGAGUCUGUCCAGGCGCUGAAGGGGAAGAGCACCUUUCGGCUCUCCAUGCGCUUCAUUGACCCCGAGAUGGAGACACGCUACUCAGUCGAGAAAGAGAAGCAGAGCGGAGCUGCCUUCAGCUGCUCCUGUGUUGUCCUCUUCUUCACCGCCUUAGUGGAGGUCUUCAUUGACCCCUGGGUGCUGGCCAACUACGUGACCUUUGUGGUGGGGGAGAUCCUGCUGCUAAUCCUCACCCUCUGCUCGUUGGCUGCCAUCUUUCCCCGGGUCUUCCCCAAAAAGCUCGUGGCCUUCUCCACCUGGAUCGACAGGACCCGCUGGGCACGCAACACCUGGGCCAUGGCUGCCAUCAUCAUUGUCACCAUGGCAGAUAUUGUGGACAUGCUCAGCUGCCAGCAGGACCACAGCGGGAUGGGCAACGGGACAGCAGGGCCACCCGAGCCAGGUGGCUGCGGGGAGCAACCCAAGUACUACAGCUACAUUGCCCUGCUGGCCUUGGUGGCUACCAUCAUGCUGGUGCAGGUCAGCCACAUGGUCAAACUGACCCUCAUGGUAUUGAUCACUGGGGCCACCGGUGCUGUCAACAUCUAUGCCUGGGAGCACAUCUUUGACCAGUACGACCGCCGCCGUGGCCAGCAAAGCACGUCCUUGCUGGUGCCCUCCAAGUACUCCAUGACAGUGAUGAUCUUCAUCGUGAUGCUCAGCUUCUACUACUUCUCUCGCCACGUGGAGAAGCUGGCCAGGACCCUCUUCCUCUGGAAGAUUGAUGUCCAUGACCAGAAGGAGCGGGUCUAUGAGAUGCGUCGCUGGAAUGAGGCCCUUGUCACCAACAUGCUGCCCGAGCACGUGGCCCGGCACUUCUUGGGCUCCAAGAAACGAGAUGAGGAGCUGUACAGUCAGUCUUACGACGAGAUUGGUGUCAUGUUUGCCUCUCUCCCGAACUUUGCCGACUUCUACACAGAGGAGAGCAUCAACAACGGAGGCAUUGAGUGCCUGCGGUUCCUCAAUGAGAUCAUCUCUGACUUCGACGCACUACUGGAUGAACCCCAAUUCCGGUGCAUCACCAAAAUCAAAACAAUCGGCAGCACCUACAUGGCCGCUUCUGGAGUGACCCCUGAUGCCAACGCCAAUGGCUACAGCACCAAGAAGGAGACCCUCUCGGAUAAGGAACGCUGGCAGCACUUGGCUGACUUGGCUGACUUUGCCUUAGCCAUGAAGGUGACGCUGAUGAACAUCAACUACCAGUCCUUCAACAACUUCAUGCUCCGUAUAGGCAAGUCCAGGAGCCCACACUAUGACAUCUGGGGCAACACAGUGAACGUGGCCAGCAGGAUGGAGUCCACCGGCGUGAUGGGGAACAUACAGGUGGUGGAGGAGACCCACCUCAUCCUGAAGGAGUACGGUUUCCGCUUUGUGCGCCGGGGAGCCAUCUAUGUCAAGGGCAAAGGAGAGCUGCUCACCUUCUUCCUCAAGGGCCGGGAGAAGCAGGGCUCAUUCCAGGAGAGGAAAAACAACAUCAUGGGUCUUCGUCUUGGUGUUAUGCCCAAGACAGGUUAA